GCCAUCUUGCCCCGGGCGCUGAGGCGGCACCGGGGGGUUCCCCCCCCCUCCCCCCCCGGCCCGCUUUUUUGAGGUGAAAUUCGGCGAUUUUGGGGCUUCUCGAGCCUCUCCCCACUCCAGGAGGCGCCGGGGGGAGAGCGGAGCCCCCCCCCGGAGCUGCAGCCGCCGGGGGGGGGGGGGGCGGCCCGGGCUCCCCCAGCGGCCGCCGGGACCGGAGCUGGAGCCGCCGUUUCAUCUUUGCAAUGCCGGCUCCUCGACCCCCAGCCCGGCCCGGGAGCCUCCGGGACCCCGAAGUUGCCGUAUUAUUCCUCAAAGAUGAUCCCGAAAAAGUUUUUGGGGAAUUGCGGGAGAUCGGGCACGGAAGUUUUGGGGCCGUGUUCAGCGCCCGUGACCUGCGCUCCCAGGAGUUGGUGGCCAUCAAGAAAAUGUCCUACCGUGGCCGAGCCUCCAGCGAGCAGAAGUGGCAGGACAUCGUGAGGGAGGUGAAGGUGCUGCAGAGGCUCCGGCACCCCAACACCGUCGGCUUCAGGGGCUGCUACCUGCGGGAAAACACGGCCUGGCUCGCCAUGGAAUUCUGUGUGGGAUCAGCCCUGGAUCUGCUGGAAGGUCACCAGGAGCCGCUGAGGGAGGAGGAGAUCGGGGCCAUCACUGAGGGGGCCCUGCAGGGCCUGGGCUACCUGCACAGCCAGGGGGUCAUUCACAGGGACAUCAAGGCCGGGAACAUCCUCCUGGGGACCCCCGGCCACGUCAAACUGGGCGACUUCGGCUCGGCCGCCGUGGCCACCCCGGCCAAUUCCUUGGUGGGGACCCCGUACUGGAUGGCCCCGGAGGUGAUUCUGGCCAUGGACGAGGGGCUCUACGACGGCCGGGCGGACGUGUGGUCACUGGGCAUCACCUGCAUCGAGAUGGCUGAGCGGAGGCCGCCCCUGUUCCAGCUGAACGCGAUGAGCGCCCUUUACCACAUCGCCCAGAGAGACCCCCCGGGGCUGAAACAGCCCCACACGUGGUCAGAGGAGUUUCGGGAUUUCGUUUCUCGCUGUCUCCGGAAGCUUCCGCAGGAUCGGCCCCGAGCGCGGGAACUGCUGCAGCACCGUUUCCUGGCCCAGGAGCGACCCCCGGGCGUGGUCCCAGAGCUGCUGCGCAGAACCAGGAUGGGCACCAGGGACUCGGACCCCCCCAGCCCCUCCCCCAGCAUUCCCAGUUCUCCCAGUAGCACCAGUGACCCCCCCAGCCUGGGGGACCCCGAGGACGACGCCGAGGGGGGAGGGGAGGGGUCCCCCGGGACCCCCCCGCAGGACGACGCCAUUUCCGCCAUUUUGUCUCCCCAAAAUCCCAAUUUUCCCACCCAAAAUCCCGAUUUCCCCACCCAAAAUCCCGAUUUUUCCACCCAAAAUCCCGAUUUCCCCACCCAAAAUCCCGAUUUUUCCACCCAAAUUCCCGAUUUUUCCACCCAAAAUCCCGAUUUUUCCACCCAAAUUCCCUUUUCUUCCCCCUCCAUUUCCCCUCCGGCCGCCAUUUUGUCUCCCCCCUCACCCCUUCAAACCCCAACUUCAACCCCACAAAACCCAAAUUUCCCCCCUCAAAACUCCACUUUUUCCCCUCAAAACUCCACUUUUUCCCCAAAAAACGCAUUUUUAUCCCCAAAAAACUCAUUUUCAUCCCCCUCAGACGCAAAUUCCCCCUCACAAAAACCCCUUUUACCUCCCGCCGCCGACUCUCCCUCAUCGCCGGCGGCCAUUUUGUCCCGGCCCGACGUCCUUUUAUCUUCUCAAAAUUCGAUUUUAUCCUCUCAAAACUCGAUUUUAUCUCCUCAAAAUCCGAUUUUAUCCCCUCAAAAUCCGAUUUUAUCCCCUCAAAAUUCAAUUUCCCCCUCAGAAAACCCCGUUUUAUCCCCUUCAACCCCAAAUUUCCCCUCCUCAUCCCUCCCUUUCUCCCCGGCCGCCAUUUUGUCCCCUCAGGCCUCCAUUUUCCCGCCCAAAAUUCCCGAUUUUCCCCCCAAAACUCCCGAUUUUCCACCCAAAAUUCCAGAUUUUCCACCCAAAAUUCCCGAUUUUCCCCCCAAAACUCCAACUUUCCCCUCAAAAACCCCUCCCCUCGCCUUCCUCCCCUCCCCUCGCCGCUCCCCUUCCCCCCUCCCCUCCCCUCCAUUUUCCCCUCAGCUCCUCUGCUCCCUCUUGGCCUUCACCGCCGCCCUCCACCCCUCCCCCCCUUCCUUCCUCCUCCUCCUCGCCGCAUUUUGGGCUCAGAAACGUCGAUUUCGGGUUUUUCUCUCCGUUGUGGAGUUCGGUGCCACGGCCUUGGCGCUGUCUCAGGCUUUGCUCCCCCUCCACCCUCCCCUGGGCGCGGUGGCCUGGGCCGCCAUUGCUGCCGUCAUGGCGGUGGCGGUCACAUCGCGGCGCCGUUUGUGCGUCCCCGCGGCCGUUCUGGCGGCUCAGCUCUGGAUUUCCCCGUGGUUGUUUUUACCUCUUUACGUUUUGGGGGAGAUUUCCCGCGGGGGCCGCGCUCAUCGCUUGUGGCUCCGCGUCCUCCUGGGUUUGCCUCCUCCUCUUUUCCGCCUCUUCUCCCGCCUGGGUUUGGCCUCCGAGCGAGGCCUUUUCGCGUUUUUCCCCAAAACCAACAAAACGCGGUUCCGGAGCCGCCUGCCCCUCCCCCAGCGGCGAUUUUUGGGUGAAAUUCCCCCAAAUUCCAGGAGUUUUUGGGGUUUCGGGGGUUUUUGGAGGGAUUUUUGGAGGGGUUUUUCCGGGAGGUUCCGGAAGGUUCUGGCGGGGGUUUGGGGGGGGAGGGGGAGCGCCCAUCCCCCACCCAGCCGGAUCCCCCGGCCUCGGCCCCGGCCCCUCCCCCCACCCCCCCCAAAGAAACCCCAAAUUCGGGGUCCCGCCCCUCCCCCACCCCCCAGGAGGCCCUGGAGGUGAGGCCGGGGUGGGGGAGGGGCGACCGAAACACCCAAAAUUCCCCCGUUUUAACCCAAAAAUAAAGGGUUAAAAAAUGCCAAAAAAAGGUUAAAAAAUCCCCCCAAAAAAGGGUUAAAAAAAUCCCAAAAAAUUGAUAAAAAUCCCCCCCAAAAAAGGUUAAAAAAAUCCCAAAAAAAGGGUAAAAAAUCCCCCAAAAAAUGUUAAAAAUCCCCCCAAAAAAGGGUUAAAAAUCCCCAAAAAAAAGGGUUAAAAAAAUCCCAAAAAAGGUUAAAAAUCCCCCCAAAAAAGUUUAAAAAAAAACCCAAAAAAGGUUAAAAAAUCCCAAAAAAAACCUGUUAAAAAAAUCCCAAAAAAGGUUAAAAAUCCCCAAAAAAAAGGGUUAAAAAAUCCCCCCAGAAAAGGUUAAAAAAAUCCCCCCAAAAAAAGGUUAAAAAAUCCCAAAAAAAAGGUUAAAAAAUCCCCAAAAAAGGGUUAAAAAAAUCGUCCCAAAAAGGGUUAAAAUAUCCCAAAAAAAAAGGUUAAAAAAAUCCCAAAAAAGGUUAAAAAAUCCCCCCAAAAAUGUUAAAAAUCCCCCCAAAAAAAAGGGUUAAAAAAAUCCCAAAAAAAGGUUAAAAAUCCCCCCAAAAAAGGGUUAAAAAAAUCCCCCCAAAAAAGGGUUAAAAAAAUCCCAAAAAAAGGUUAAAAAAAUCCCAAAAAAAAAAACCCCGGGAAUUCCCAACCCGAAAAAAUUUGGGAUUUUUGGGGUCGAAAUCCCGAAAUUUUGGGGAAAAACUCCUGGAAAAACCAAAAUAAAAUCAAAAAUUUGGGAUUUUUGGGGGUGAAAAUCCCGAAAUUUUGGGGGUGAAAAUGUCGGAAAAACCAAAAAAAAUCCCAAAAUUUGGGUUUGGGAUUUGCCCAAUUUUUUUAGGGAUUUUCCCGAUUUUUGGGGGAUUUUCCAUGAAAUUUUGGGAUUUUUUUCCUCCUUUUUUUUCCCUAUUUAUUUUCCCGGGGGGUCCCCAAAAUUCCCGAGCUUUGAGGUGGGGGAGGGGCGGAAUUUUUGGGGGAAUUUUUGGGUUUUUUUCCAUUUUUUUUUCCGUUUUUUUUUUAAUUUUUUUGGGAAUUUUUUUGGGGAAUUUUCGUCGUUUUCGGGGAAUUUUCUUUGGAAUUAAUUUUAUUUAAAAUAUAAUUAAUUUAAAGCA